CCCCGGACUAGGGUUGGUGGAAAUGAUGAUGCAGGUCAACAAAACAUCAAGACCCCUAAUGUUACAAAUGAGGCUCCUGAUGGGAAUGUCAGGGGAAGAUCAGGACCCAGAACUCGUGGGGAUAUGACUACCCGUACUACUAGGACUGCGAGAGGGAUUACUGGAGCUCAGUUGGGUGUUGAAGGACUCGCCAGUUUUAUCGAAAUGCAGAGUGGUUUCAUGGAAAGGCAAAUAGAGAUCCUUGAAAAGCAGUCAGAGGCAAUUGAGAAGCUGAGCGAAGCACUAAAUACAGAAAAGAAGACAAAACCUUUUGGUAGUGACUUUGAAAAGUUUAAGAAGAUGUCUCCACCAUCUUUUCAGGGAGGUUCUGAUCCAACGAUGGCACAAGAAUGGCUGAAGAAAAUGGAAAAGUACUUCAGAGCCUUGGGAUGUUCAGAGGAGCAAAAAGUUAUUUAUGCUACCUUUAUGCUCGAGGGAGAUGCAGAGAUUUGGUGGGAAACUAAGGAGUCCAGUUUAUCACUUGAAGUGGAGGAUAUUCCUUGGAGCAUAUUUGUUAAAUUAUUCAGGGAGAAAUAUUUUCCCUUGUAUGUUUGAUCUCGCAAGAAGAGGAAACUUAUGGAUUUGCAGCAAUGUGACAUGACAGUGGAAGAAUAUGAAACU